AUGAGCGCCGCCGGGCCGCUGCCUUCACAUGCUACCAACGGUCACCCAAGUGGAUAUCCCCCCUCAAGAUCAGACACCCCAAAUAGCGCCGGCGAUCGCAAGUUCGCACACAUACAAGACCUCAAGAACGAGGCACUCACAGACUUCAGCCCCGCGCAGUCAAUAGGCUCGCUCUUUGAACGGGCCAACAGCGCGCUUCUCGCAGCCAAGAGGAACAUAGACUUUCGCCGUCCUGACCUGGCCUUUGUGGAGUACUUGCGAGCCUACGAGAUUGCUGUGGAAGUCAUUCCAAAGCACAGGGACUACAUACUAUUUGCACAUGAUCAGCACGGCGGGCAGAAAUUGCAGUUGUUGCAGCAGAAGAUCAAUUCCAUGAAUGAGCAGUUCGACGGCAUUAAAGGAAUCAUCGUGAACAACAAUAAACGAUUUGGAGUCCUUCCGAAGAGCCAGCAAUAUCAGCAGUCCCAGAAUGUGGGAGGUCAUGCUCGUGGAGACUCCGCGGGAGCCAUUGCAACGAAUGGCAAGGUGAAGCCAUCGCCUUCGCCGAAGCCUGAGAAGCUGCACGCACGCGCCGUAUCUCAUGCCAAUGUCGGUACGAAUGGUACAUCCUCGAGUCCGGGAGAUCCACUGGCGGAUCGAUUUGCCAAGUUGCGAUUGGGACAAGGCGAGACAUCCACGCGACCAAGCUCUAGGGGCUCAAGCACGUCGGUAAGCAGCGGUCCAUUGGCUAUGCCGUAUGCUGGUGACUAUCGCGGUAGCCUGGACGCAUCAUCAAGGAGCUCCUUCACCGCAGCAAGACCCCAGGGACCAAGAGGAAUGCCAGAGAGCAGCAUGGGUCCACCACCACUUCCGUCAAAACUUAUCAUCGGCACGGAAAUUGCAGCAGCCAUGCCCAAAGCACCAAGCCCGACAUACAGCCCUGCGCGGAACAUGCAAACUACUGGCAACAUAGCACCGCCGAGAUAUAGUGCGCGGAGCCUCGUAACUUCGAGCAGUAGGAUGUCAUCUCUUAUCCCGUCUUCCUCCGCUUCGGCCACCGCCCCGAACGGAUCUGGAGAUUACUUCGGCCAACCGACGAGCGACGGAGUGGCCACUCCUGGCGCUGUGCUGCGACGAAAGUCAGUUCAUAUGCCCAAGGAGACACGCCUCAGUGCAGAAAGACUAUAUGAUUACAUAGAGCGUUAUAGCGUUUUGCUCAUUGAUUUCAGAAAUCGCGAGGAGUUCGACCAGGGCCACAUCUUCACUAGGAAUAUUAUAUGCGUGGAGCCCAUGAUCACACAUCAGGGCAUGAGUGCCUCUGAACUAGCGGACAAGCUGGUUCUCUCACCAGACGAUGAACAGGACAUGUUUCAUCACCGUGAUCAGUACGACCUGGUCGUAUACUACGACAAUCAGACGCAAUCAGAGAGCUACCUCACAAGGCCAACGACAGACUCUGAAGCUCGUCUUCGAUGGCUGCACGAAGCAUUGUACGACUUCAAUCAGGACAGGCCUCUCCAAAGGCCUCCGAUCUUACUUAUUGGUGGAAUAUCUGCUUGGAUCGACUUGAUCGGGCACCAAGCUCUGAUGUCUACCAACACACAGCGAGCGAGGCAGGGACGUCCGAUUCAACGACGGGCUCCGCCGCCCAGCGGUCAACCACGCAUUCCAAAGCGCCGUCUCAGAGAGUAUAACCCAUUUGAUGCAGAGGAAGAACGCAAGUGGAGAGAGCGGGCGAACAGUGAAAGUGUGCCAGAGACGACUGCAUUCGUGCCUGGUAGCGAAGACGAGGCACUGGAUGGCAUCGAUGAGGAGCAGGCUCUGCCAGGAUUUCCUACCAUCGAGAGCUUUAAUGCGCGCUUUCCAGAUGCAGGUUCUCUUGGCCAACAGAGAUUCGGUGCGCCAGCUAGCCGUCCACCUCCUGAACGCCCUGCCAAAGUGCCUCAGUACCCAGCUGCCCCUGCGCCUUCGGUAUAUCCACCUGUGCCUGCGCGUCCUGCUCCGGCAGCCCCCCGAAUGAGCUACACCGGGGUUAGCGACCGCGCCGUCUCUCAGAACCAACCUGCGCCAAGAACAUCAAGCCAAUUGACGCCGUACAUCCCUCCGAAGUACAUGUCAAAUAACAUACGUCUGCCCAGGACCGGUCUCAUAAACUUUGGAAGCACUUGUUAUUUGAAUGCGACACUACAAGCGCUCUCGGCCACCACACCGCUAUCUAUCUUGUUUCUGGAUGACCAGUACCGGAAUCUUGUUCAAAAGGACAACUGGAAGGGCAGUCGAGGCCUACUUCCGGAUAUCUACUCCAACACCAUUCGAUCGCUCUGGAAAGGCGACGUCAACUGCAUCAAGCCCAGCACACUGUUCAACUUUGUUGGUCGUCUCAACAGUAUUUUCAAGGAUCCAGGCCAGCAGCAAGACGCACAAGAGUUCUUCAGCAUGAUCGUGGAUGUACUGCAUGAGGACUUUAACUCCAUGUGGGCACGCACCCCGUUGAGAGCGCUCACUGAGCAAGAGGAAGCCAAGCGCGAGCGCAUGCCCAAGACUGUCGUCGCUAAGACCGAAUGGGGUCGUUACACUCACCGGGAGAACUCCUUUUUGACCUCGCUCUUCUACGGCCAGCAAUCUUCGCGACUCCAAUGUCCCAAAUGCGGCAUGACCAGUACACAGUAUGAUGCUUGGGCACUCCUGCAAGUGGAGAUUCCCGAUUGUAAAGAGGCUAGACUUCAGGACUGUCUUCGACAACACUUUGGAGACGAGCUUCUGGACGAAGAAAACCAGUGGACCUGUCCGAAUUGCAAAGCGCCUCGAAGGGCGCGGAAGAAGCUCACCAUGACUCGUGCACCGCCAUUCUUAGUCAUUGGCCUGAAGCGCUUCAAGACGAAUCCACGAACUGGCGAUCAACGUAAGAUUCACACGGCUGUGAGAUUUCCACUCGUAGGCCUAGACAUAGAAGAGUUAGUCCUUCCACAACCAUCGCCGAAAGAGGUGCAAGAUAUCGCAGCGAGCUAUGGCCCAGACAUGCUGAAGGCCGAUUCUUCCCAGUCUCCUCCGUAUAUAUAUGAUGCAUACGCUGUGGUGCGUCAUAUGGGUGAGUCUACCAGGAGUGGACAUUACACCACGGCCGUGAAGGACCAGCAGAGGGGAUGCUGGCGGUACUUCAACGACACACAGGUCACGGAUUUCCAGCCCGAGAGUGAGAGUAGGAGCAAGGCUUUGGACAAUGAUCAGGCAUAUCUAGUCUUUUACAAGCGCAGGCAGGUGCAUGAGGUGAAUAAGAUUUGA